ACAUACUAACACUUACAGUGACAAGAUAUUAGCGUCGCUAAAAUGUUCUGUAUUAUUUUAGUCAUGAUGUUGUAUAACAAGUUAUUACUUAUAUAUAUAGUGAUAAAGGAUUUUGUAUCAUAAAGGCGAAGUAACUACAACGUAAAUGGGCUGAGAACGAACGAAAUAGAUACAUUAACAAUGUCGAACAAUACGUCUACCGAGACGGUGAGAGAGGAGACUACAGUAUUCACCACUAUACAGACCACUUCCACAGAAGUCAAGAGCACAUCUACUGUAACAGUUGAAGGCAUGGGUGCCAUGGCCAUUGCUGGAACUGUUAUUGGUGCGAUAGUGGCUGCCUGUGUUAUUGCUUGUUUAGCUGUUAUUAUCUUGAUUCGAUACAGGAAAUCACAGAAGAAAAGCCAAGAUAAAUACAAACAGACUGUUAAAAACUUAAAAAUUGACCAACUACCAACUCCCAGUGAUGUAGCAUCAGAGGAAUUACGACCACCAGGACGGAAACCUGUCAUACGAGAACCGGAAGUUGAGCCUGAUCUUGGUUCAUCUGUCUUACAUUAUCAGAAUGUGGCCGAGUUAAAAUAUGAAAACGUUGAUAGUCCCGCCGAACAACCAAUCUACUUAGAACCACGGGGUGAAGAUAAAAGACUUUAUACAACAGGAGCAGGCUCAGAAUACUAUGUAGUUAAUGACGAUCCGAGUAAGGUUCCGAACUUACCCAGUCGCGAUGACAACCCAAAACAAAUUAAUAAAAUCAGAACAAAUUUUACUAGUGAUUCGAACACUAAAAGACCAACUUCUCAUUCAGCUAAAGAUUAUGUGAAUUUGAAAGAGGAGAUUAUAUUACCUCCUCAUCCUAAACAGAAAGACAAACGCAUGAAAAUACAAGCUAAAAAUGAUUUAGCUGUUGACGAGGUUUAUGAAAAUGAGGAAAUUCCUAAGAUUCAACAUUCAAAGAAACCAAAGAGAUAAACGAGUGUUUAUUGAAUUCGUUUUUAAUAAGUGUAUAAUAGUUGUUGACGUUGUUUUGUUAUGAAUGAAUGAAUACAUAUAACAAAAUAGUAAAGUAAUUUGCUUAAAGUUUGCAAUUUUGGAAUUUGUAAAAAAUCACUUGUUAAUUGGGAAAAAAUGUAACUAGUUACAAAUUUAAAAAAGAGAAAGGGUAUUUUACUUUUAUGAUGGCGAUAACACCAGUACUUAAUCUUACCUCGAUUAACGAAAAUUUGGAUGAGGUUUUGGCAGCAUAUAAUAUAAACGUCACUAUUAAAAAUAUUGGCAUUAUUAAAAAGAAUCUGUUGUCAGAUUAGAAAUAUGUUCAGUUUUUUUUAAAAGGGAUCCCGUCACUAUGCAUACCAGCUCGAACUUUUUUUGUACGUUUGUAAGUUUUCCUAUUUCAUACCACGAACUGGCAGCCAUAUGCAUUAUUGAAUUUUUUUCUAGUAAUAAGAAAACAUUUAAUUUAGUUGUUAGAAUCCAAACAAAUAUAAAUACAUUAUCACCAAAACUUUCGUGAGUUUGGUUAUUACUUUCCUUUCUUAUAUACAUCUAUAACUUCAUUUUAAGUGAAGGAAACAAAUCUCUGAUUUUCUUCUUUUUUUAAGCAAGCGCAAAAUUCUUUACUUGAAAAAAAAACCCACCUGCUAAAUUAAACAUUCUCUGUGUAGAAAACACCAAUCAUUUCAAAUUGAGUGGAGAAACGAAAAGCUCAAACCUUAUUUGAUAUUGAUCGUUUUAUGCAUUGCAUAAUUUUAGACAAAUUAUGACUCAAGUUUUAUCAGUUUUUGAAAAACAGGAUGUUGCUUAUGUACGCAAAAAAAAAUGAAGCUAAAUAUGCAAUCUUAACUGUUCGUAUUUAUUAUGUCAACAAAAAGAUUAAAACUUGGAACGCAGAUCUAUAUUUAGCCCGAAUCUUAAAGAAAUUGACCCUUAUUCAAUAUUACAGCCGAUUUCAUUGAGUGUGUAGUCAAAUGUAAUAUCUUUGGUUAAAUUGCUUGCUAGCUGAACCGUAAAGUCAUUAUUAGGUUAAAUAAACUUUCCUCCUCAUAUAUAUAUAAUAGACUAGUCCGACAGAUAACCAAUCUAUCUGUUUGUUGGACUAGGCUUCUUCGAAAGGAGGGUAGUACACCUUACAUAUUAAUGACUCCACGGUUCAGCUAAGAAGUCUGCUGUAAGUGUGACUGCGUGUUUACAUUUAUCAAAAGGACAGAUAAUAAACAUCGCAGAUGUGCAUGGGACUAUUAUUUCUCGGCUUAAGUUUUCAGAAUUGUUUGUCGUGUGCAUGAGUAUGAAAAAAAUAGUAUCCAUUAUAUAUUUGUGUUGCUCUUGUUUUGUCUUGUUUACGGUAUUUUUAUAUUCCAUGUCACAUUCACCUCAUAUUUAUAGUUAUUAUUGCGGCAGCAUUAUACAGCAUUGUGUAUUAAUGUAAAACACAUUCCUGCAUUUUAUUUCCGGUAAUUAAAUAUUAUUAAUUGACAUAGGUUUUAAUAUCUAAAGAACAAAUUUUAUUUUCAUAAUAAAGAUUUAAUUUUAAAAUUC